AUGGAGGUGAUCUUGCCUUACAGCCCCAGACUGAUUUUAUGGAAUUUGGGUUUUAGCCAAAAAUAGGACAAAGAUGAAUGAGAGAAGCUCCCUAAGGAGAGGCUCAAGGAAGAGCAAAAAAAAAAGGAUGGAAAACCAGCACUUCUGUAGCACAGGGACUAGAAAUUGGACUUGAAAUCUAAGCUUGGGAAAAUAAUCAUUUAUAAGACCUCUCCAGGGUCUGAGAUGGGAGGGUAUUACUGCCAUGUCUGUGACUGUGUGAUGGAAGACUGCAUCAACUUCCUGGAUCUCAUGAAUGGUAGGGAAUGUCGAAACCUGGGUUUGUCCAUGUAUAUGGAACCUUCCUCCCUAGAUCAAGUGAAGAAACAUUUUGAGGUCAACGAAAAAAGAUGGAAAAAGCUGAAGGAUUGUGAUUUUGAGAAGAGGUUGAAGGAACUCAGAGAAGAGGAGGAAAUGGCUAGUGUCCACAAGAAAGAGUCACAGAAUGAGAAGAAAAAAAGGGCUGAGGAAGACUUGAUAUUUGAGGAGGAGGAUGAGAUGGCAGCUGUGAUGAGCUUCUUUGGCCUUAGUUUCACCAAGAAGAGUUACGGAGACUUUCUGUGCUUGGCCUAA